CGUAUGCUCUCAGCCUGGUGGUUGAUUCCACUGGCCGACGAGGGCAUGUAAAUAGACACUGUUGCCAUUUGGGUUGGGCAUCGUUUGAAUUUGAGCGAUUGCGGUCCUGAUUCCGGGUCCUUAUUUCGAUUCCGGUUCCAAACGAUUCCGAUUAUUUUAGGGGGCUGUGUCAAAAAAAAAGUUUGCAUGGUUUAAAUAAAGGAUGUCCAGCCAUUUUCUUAGCAGCCUGCAGCAUAGACUAAAAUGAACAUUUGACUUGGGGUUCUCUACAACCAGUAUCAAUAUCAAACCUAUGACCUAAAAGGCAAUGUGUGUGGAACUAACCCCAUUGACUUAAUAUUUAUUAAUUAAUGUUUCGGCUAAAAGUUAAAUAUAGCAUUGUUAAAAUUGUUAUUUGGGACUGUUUUAUCACAUCAAAUGGUUUAUAUGUGCAAAUUUUAACUUGACUUCCUGUUUUAAGCUUGUAGCCUUUUACUUUGAAGCGUACGCGCCGUAACUCAGCAUUUUGACACGAAAAGUAACUUCACACAGCACCAGUGAUUUUAUUUUAUCUUUAUUUUUUCCAUCAAUGGAACCAAAUGCUACAGUAUAAAACGUUGACUCUUUUCCUUACCCACCGAUGAGGCACAAGGUUUGUGUUUGUGAUACUGUGAGACAACGUGUAUGUGAAUUUUGUCCUAAUUCAUUGUGAUGUAAAGUUGCUACGGUGAAGUUUUAGCUCAAUGACAAGCUUUUUUUCCCCGUCAUCGGCUCUUACGUCUGUUUGAAGACUAAAAUAAACGCUAAAAACCAUCAGUGCAAAAGUGCAACCAACCGUUUACCUUGUUAGCUGUCUCAUUGUUGGCAUAGACGCAUUUUAUUAUUUCACGCAUCCAACUGACUGAGAGUUGAACUGAAGCUCUGCGCAGACGGACGCAGACGCUAUACAUCGUGAAAGCCUCCUUUACACAAUUAAAGGUAAAGUGUUGCACUGAGGCGACUGGUCAUUCAUUUGAACAAAGUUAAGACGCUUUUGUUCGCCACCGCUGCUGUUGGGCACAAGCACGUCUUCGUUGGUUUUUGCCACUUCCUCUUCGGGGUCGGCGGACUAGGCAUCAAAAGUGGGAACCGACAUUUUUAAACUUGAACGAUUCCUGGAGAACCGGAACGUUAGUCCCGGUUCCAAUCGGUUCUCGAUUCUCGAUGCCCAACCCUAGUUGCCAUACCUUCAUUGUCCCGGUAUGCAAAGCACUAGCACAUAACUACAUGCACGUUCCUGACAUCCUUUCUUCGAAUUAAGCUCACUGAGUGGUUUCCAAAUCACCUAAACUGCACUCCAACAAUGCAGUCACGGAUUUCCUCCCACAUCCCAAAAACAUGCAUUAAUUGGAGACUCUAAAUUGCCCGUAGGCAUGACUGUGAGUGCGAAUGGUUGUUUGUUUCUAUGUGCCCUGCGAUUGGCUGGCAACCAGUUCAGGGUGUACCCCGCCUCCUGCUCGAUGACAGCUGGGAUAGGCUCCAGGACGCCCGCGACCCUAGUGAGGAGAAGCGGCUCAGAAAAUGGAUGGAUGGAUCCUACAGAUGUAGUCCUGGCUUCCUGCGACUAAAGCAGCUGGGCCACAGUGUGGAUAAGGUGGAAUUCAUUGUGAUGGGUGGGACCUUCAUGGCUCUGUCCGAAGAGUACAGAGAUUACUUCAUUAGGAAUCUCCACGACGCUUUGUCUGGACACACUUCAAACAAUGUGGCCGAGGCUGUAAGGUACUCUGAGCGCAGUAACACCAAGUGCGUAGGAAUCACUAUCGAGACGCGGCCCGACUACUGUCUGAAGCGACACCUGAGUGACAUGCUGGGCUACGGCUGUACGAGACUGGAGAUCGGUGUCCAGAGUGUGUAUGAAGAUGUGGCCAGAGACACGAACAGGGGCCACACAGUUCGUGCCGUGUGUGAGUCUUUCCACUUGGCAAAAGAUGCCGGCUUCAAAGUGGUGGCCCACAUGAUGCCGGACCUGCCCAAUGUAGGCAUCGAAAGAGAUAUGGAGCAGUUCAUUGAGUUUUUUGAGAACCCAGCAUUCAGGCCCGAUGGUUUAAAGCUUUAUCCGACUCUGGUGAUCCGGGGCACAGGCCUGUAUGAGCUAUGGAAGACGGGCCGCUACAAAAGCUAUACACCCAGCACCCUAGUCGAUCUGGUGGCCCGAAUCCUGGCGCUGGUGCCACCCUGGACACGGGUUUAUCGUGUGCAGAGGGACAUCCCCAUGCCAUUGGUGAGCUCUGGAGUGGAGCACGGAAACCUGCGAGAAUUGGCACUAGCCAGGAUGAAGGACAUGGGCACUGAGUGUCGAGAUGUGAGAACCAGAGAAGUGGGCAUUCAGGAAAUCCACCACAAAAUUCGACCCUACCAGGUUGAGCUAGUGCGGAGGGACUAUGUGGCCAACGGUAGCUGGGAAACCUUCCUCUCCUACGAGGAUCCCGAGCAAGACAUUCUGAUAGGACUGCUGCGGUUGCGCCGCUGCUCCCCGCAGUCGUUCCGACCAGAGUUGAAAGGCGGUGUGUCCAUCGUCCGCGAGCUGCACGUAUACGGCAGCGUGGUCCCCGUCAGCAGCCGGGACCCCAGCAAGUUCCAACAUCAGGGCUUCGGCAUGAUGUUGAUGGAAGAAGCGGAGAGAAUUGCCACGGACGAACAUGGCUCCUAUAAAUUGGCAGUCAUCUCAGGUGUAGGAACAAGGAACUACUACAGGAAGAUGGGCUAUGAGUUGGAAGGACCUUACAUGGUUAAGCAUCUACAUGGACCUGGAUUAGACUGAACAUGGUCUUUGUUUUUAUCAGCAUAAUAGACGGACAAACACAUCGAGAAUUUUAUCUUAAGCAUAGGUUUUGGACAAUGUGUUUUCUUUUUCACACCUUUUAGUUUUACUGCAUCCAAAACUCUGCAGGUAAAGCCAGGACUUGGUUGGUUCGAGACAAGCCCCAGCCUUAUUUGGAUGACAUUAUGGCUGGAUUUACACUGCACAGUUCAAGUGACACGAGUGCUAGUCCAUACUGGAUAUCUGCCAAUGUGAGUACAGCAUGAAAGCACAGAUCAGAUCUGUCAAAGCGAACUGGCCCAAACAGUAAAUAAACAUCAUAACACAGUCUUUAAAUUAAAAGUACCUACUGACAAUGAAAUAUCCUCGAAAUAUGGUACAUGGUAUGUCAAUCAUUAAAUAAGCAAAAUAAUGAUGGUGGCCAUCAGAUGGGGGGGAGGAAAUUAAUAGGUAGGGCGGUGGAAGUAAGACAAGACCACUAUAUGUUGUAUAUUGUUUAACAUUAGUAAUAUUUAAGUACUAUUUUUGCAACAUGCAAUUUGAGCUGCCAUGGACACUAAAAGAAAUCGACGUAGGCAUUAAAUCCGAAUUGAGCACUUGGACCUACAGUGUAAAUCCAGCCUAUGACAGAUAUUUGAAUUAGAAGACAAGCUUUCCUUUUGCUCUCCAAAUAUUUUGGAGCGAAUAGUACACACAAUUUGAAUAUUCAUUUGGCCAGGAUGCGAAACCAGUAUUAACAUCACAAUUAACCGUCUAUGAUGAGCCAAGUGGGUAUUAAUUUUGUAGAAGAGAAGAAUGUCCUGACCUGCUAAUGUUUGUGUAAUUACACUAUUUUGAUUUAUAUGUGACUAUUUAGGCCACAUAAAUUGGUUCCCUUCAUUCCUUUAAUCCAAUUUCAUGGAUGCAUACGAAUGGUUUUAGUAGCUAGAAAUGUGAACUAUGGUUUUUCUAAGGAAUAAAGUACAAAAUAUGACAUCAUGAGUUGUGCGAGUGAAAACUCCCCCCUCCUCCUCCCGCCAAAAGGUCAUUCACCCCCGAGUUGAUAUCCUCCCCCAAUGAUGAGGAUGCCAGCCCCUGCAGGACACAGUCAAUGAUUGCCCCCGUAAGAGUGUUUUAGUGGCUCAUUUGACACAGCCUCCGCAAUUACAACGCCAUCCGUUUUCUGUCUAUUGAUAAUUGACUGACUGCUGUGUGGAGCCACAUUUCUUGGAAAGGCUUUGUCAUAUGAGCAAUAAAGCACUAAUUCCUCAUGCGUUCACCUAUAGUAUGUCUCACAUCGGUCCAUUGUGAAGGAGGAUUGUGAUUGUGACAACCGGGGAGGACUGAAGCAGAACAGCGGUGCGUAAUUUCCUGCAUGCGGCGCUCGUGUCGUGACUGGCGUUGCGGUCCUGACGCAUUGAGGUUUCUGCCUUAUUCACACUUUCUCUCCACGCUCGCUCAGUGCUUAUCAGCUGUGAAAUGGCGAAGGACUUUCCCUCCCACACUUCUCAGUGUUGCUGACUUUGUUUCCCCCUUGUGCAGGAGCCACUUUGGUUUAAUCUUCCCUGUAAAACUCUCAGAAGUAGAGCAGGUCCUGCUAUUCUACUAAGGUGAAGGUUGGAGCCCCUUUUUCACACGCGUUAUGCGCUGCCACCUGUUAGAUUUGUUUUUGUUUUGUUGCUGUUACUGGAGGGAAGUCAAAAAAAAAAAAAAAAAGGUCGCGCGACAGUCGCAGCUCCCUCUUUCAGCUAUUUAUUGAACAGGACCAACAGUCAAACACACAAAUACAAAACAGGAACACUCGGAUGGAGUCACAGUAGGGCCAAAGCUCCCGCCCAGAUGCUCACACGCAGACGAACCAGCCAAAUUCCUGAUGUCACUGAUGACGCCAUGCCCCUUAAAGACACACAUUGAACACUACAGCUGUCCCAACAUGCAGUAAUUACUUUUUAUUAAACAAAAUUCUAUUUUUCUACAAUACACAGUGCUACUUGAUUAGAAAAAAUGUAAAUUGUAUUUUGGGGGUCUGUAACGGACUAAUGGCAUUUCAAUGGGGAUUAUCGAUGCAUAAUUUGUUGUGAGUUGCGAGAAUGGUCACAGAACAAAAUAAACUCAAGGUACCUUUGUAUAUGAA